AUGGAUUUCUGGUUUCCUGGUAUAGAUCUAAACAAGCCGAUACAAGACGAAGAGCAUGGUCAGCAAAGCAGAAAUGAUACUAGCAAUCAAGAUCAAGAUCAUCAGCACAAUGUGGAGGAACCUACAGGCAAUGAGGAACAAACUACAGCCAAUAUACCUAUGUCUGACAACCAUACAGGAGCAUCUGCAGAAACAGGAGGGAUUGACACAGGGGACACAAUGUCAACCGAGGAUUCAGGUGGAGUUGAUGAAGUUCAGUCAACACCGAGCUUAACUCCAGUAGAAAAACCAUACCCAGAUAUGUUAUUUGAUACCUGGCAGGAAGCAUCGAUGUGCUACAAUAGAUAUGCUAAGCAUGUAGGCUUCUCCAUCAAGUGCAGUACUUCCCGGAAUUCUACUGUUGACAAGCAGAAGGACAAACAACUGUUUGUAUGUAACAAGAGUGGCAAACCUGUAGACAUCAACAAACAAGAAGUUCCACCUGUGCGACAGAGGAACCGUUUCAUAACUAAGAAGACUGAUUGCAAAGCGCGCCUUCGAGUCAAGAGAAGGGGCCAAAAAUGGCAUGUCACAAUGUUCAUUGAGGAACACAAUCAUCCAUGCCUAAAAAAGUUUUCGUUGAAAAGGUUCUUAAGGUCUCAUAAAGGAAUUCCAAAAGAAGAAAGGGAAUUUGUGAAGCUGCUGCAUAAGGUCAAUCUUUCAGCUGGCAGGGUGAUGUCUAUAAUGGCAGAACUGUAUGGAAAGCUUGCAAAUGUUCCUUAUGUCAGAAAGGAUGUUAGUAAUUACAUGGCUACAAUUGAUACUGCAGCACAAACUAACAAAGAUAUGUCAUUGUUGCUCGCCGAGUUUGAGAAAGUUAAGAAAGAUGAUGCAGAUUUCUUCCACAAGCUUGAUCUUGAUCAUGAUGACAGGGUUAGAAGAAUUUUUUGGGUGGAUGGGCCAUCUAGGGCAGCAUACAAGAAGUACAGCGAUUGCCUGUCAUUUGAUGCGACUUACAUGACUAAUUGUUACAGCAUGCCCUGCACACCAUUCAUUGGCAUCAACCGAUAUGGGCAAUCAAUUCAGCUAGGUUGUGGUUUUCUCCGCAAUGAACAAGAAGCUGAUUAUGUUUGGCUAUUUGAGGCGUUUCUUGAAGCAAUGGAUGGAGUACAGCCUAUGAAUAUCAUAACUGAUCAAGAUGUAGCAAUGAGAAAUGCCAUCGCAGCUAUAUUUCCUGAUGCAUGUCACCGCAAUUGUAGAUGGCAUAUCAUGCAAAAUGCACAACCUGUGUUGGGUAAUGACAUGGCUAAAAAUGAACCGUUAAGGCUGGAGUUUAAUGCUACCAUUGACUAUAGCAUGACAGUAAGCGAGUUCGAAACUAGGUGGGCAGAGAUGCGUUUGAAGUACAAUGUUGCAGAUAAUACGCAUUUGCAGGAUCUGUAUGACAUUAGGACUUCUUUUGUCCCUGCAUAUUUCAAGGACAGGUUUUUCCCAUUCCUACAAACUACAGCGCGCAGCGAGGGAUUUAAUGCAGUGCUGAAAAGAUACGUCACCCCGCACAACAGCCUGCACCACUUCUUCCUCUAG